AUGGCGCAAUCAGAGAACAGUGAUGCAUUUUUUCUUUACUUUGUCCUGGGACUGCUCUCAUCAAAAGGUUGUUUCUCUGAAAAUCCUGACCCCCAGAAGGUCGUGGCCUUUGCAGGUGAGAAUGCCGUCCUGCCCUGCAGUUUGAAAAACUCUGGCAGCGAUGAUCUGCCUACAGUGGAGUGGUCCAAGGAGGGCCUGAAGCCCAACGUGGUCUUCUUGUACCGCAAUGGCUUUGAGACGUUUGAGAUGAAGAACCCGGCCUUCGAGUUCAGGACGACCUUCAUGAGGGAGGUGAAAAACGGGAACGUCUCGCUGAGGAUCUGCAACGUGAAGCCGUCGGACGCCGGGAUCUAUCAGUGUUUGAUCAUCCAGAGGAACGGAAGCAGAGAUGCUACCAACAUGCAGCUGGAUGUUGCUGCAGCGUCUGACCCAAAGCUUUCAGUGGAUUCUGUCCAGAACCAGAGAGUGACGGUGGCCUGUGAGGCGACCUGCUGGCUGCCGGCUCCACUGAUGGAGAUUGUGGAUGAAAACGGGAAGAACAUCACAGACACUGUGGAGAUACGAGCAGCAGAUCCCACUGAAUGUUACACAGUGAGGCAAACGGCCAGCGUGCCGAGUCACACAACCAGGAUCGUCUGCAGAGUCAAACAGCCGCAGACGAACCAGAGCAGAACUGCAGAAAUCCUCCUUCCAGCUCAGUGGAUGAGGUCCAGACCCGUCCAGCUCGCCGUCUUCUCCAUUGAAGCGACAGCUGCAGUUUGCUCUUGGACUCUGUGUCUGGCGUCUGCUGAGCGAAAGCAGCAAACCCAGGGAAUUUCAUCGGAUCAUGAAUUAAUAGGAGUCACCUGUGAAGGUACGUUCCUACUAAACCCACCAAGUGAGACUGAUGAGGUCGACAAUACGGCAAACAGGAUCAUCGAGAAUCUGCAAACAGAGUUGGCUCAUCUCAAGUUGGAGAACUGCAACAAAGACCAGACUAUUCUGAAACUGUUGGGGAAAAUCCAAUCCAUGCCUGCUGCUCCCCAACACAACCAGCCAAGAAACUCCCCUCACUGGGAUUACCCACAAUUCUUCAGGUCUUCAGACCACAACUCGAAGAGCACAGAGUUUCCUGUAACAAAACCAGGCUCCUCAAAACUGCUGAGCUCCCAAAGCCAAAGUGGGAAUCUCGACCUUGGCCACAGAAAACACAGAGUCGUCCGUAUUCACAGCUGCCCAGCUGAGCUGAUUUCAGCACCGGUGGUCCGAUGGGACGAGGAAACCGCUUCCCGCCUCACAUGGUUCUCCACAGCGACUCACGUCAGAACGCUCGGCUGCUUCAACGCAAACACUCUUUAG